GUGCACUACACUCUUGUGGUUAACUAAAAGGAGCGGCGUCCCAAAUGUAACAUUACAUUUGUUUAAUGUUUAUAUUUUUAAACCGGCAUGUUCGGGCAGCCCCACGUUGAAACAAGCGCGUGUUCGUAAAUGUAGCUGUGCUUUUGUAUGUGUUUGGGGAAGGGAUUACAGAGGAGCAUUUGGUUGGUCUUUGCAUCCAGUCGGAGAAGAACGAACUUUGUGCAUUUUGCUUGUCUGAGGAGUGUGUUUGUAGACGGACGGAGUUUAAGAAUGAAGAGGGGCAAGAAGGCACAGGAGGCUGCUGCGGAGGGAAGUGACGACACCACUUCUGCCCCCACAAAGAAAGCCAAGAAUGCAAAGGAACCAGAAGCCCCGGUUCUCUACGAAGACCCUCCAGACCAAAUGACCAGCAAAGAUGGACGACAGGCCAACAUGAAGAUCACCUCCUGGAACGUCGAUGGCCUGAGGGCCUGGGUGAAAAAGAAUGGUCUAGAUUGGGUCCGUGAGGAGGAUCCAGACGUUCUCUGCCUCCAAGAAACCAAAUGUGCCGAAAAGGACCUUCCCGCACAGAUAACCGAGAUGCCCGAGUACCCACACAAGUACUGGGCCAGCUCAGAUGAGAAGGGGGGGUACAGUGGGGUGGCUAUGCUGUGCAAGACGGAGCCUCUCAAAGUAACAUAUGGUAUUGGGAAGGAGGAGCACGACAAAGAGGGCCGCGUCAUCACCGCGGAGUUCGACGGCUUCUACUUGGUGACUGCGUAUGUGCCAAAUGCCAGCAAGGGCCUCGUGCGCCUUGAUUACCGUAAAACCUGGGACGUGGACUUCCAGUCGUAUUUAAGUGAGCUGGACAUCCAGAAGCCCGUGGUGCUCUGUGGAGACCUCAACGUCGCCCACCAGGAGAUCGAUCUGAAAAACCCCAAGGGCAACAAGAAAAGCCCCGGCUUCACACCCGAGGAGCGGGAGGGCUUCAGCCAGCUGCUGGAGGCGGGUUUCGUGGACAGCUUCCGCGAGCUGUACCCUGAGCAGACCAACGCCUACACCUUCUGGACCUACAUGAUGAACGCCCGCACCAAGAACGUGGGCUGGAGGCUCGAUUACUUUUUGUUGUCGUCGUCGCUGCUGCCAGGUCUGUGUGACAGCAAGAUCCGGAACAAGGCCAUGGGGAGUGACCACUGCCCCAUCACACUGCAUAUGGUAGUGUAGGCCACAGGGGGCAGCAGUGUCUGUGCCAUGUUAAUACUUCAGUUCUGACUAGUUAGUGUGUUAGUGAAGGUCAGUCCUUCAUAGUUUAGGUCAGUUUAACCAAACUGCUGAGCGUCAAUAAACCACUGUCACCUUUUAUUUGUUUGUUAGCAGAGCGACGAGUUAGCGCCUGCUAACGUUGGACAUGAGCCUGUGGUCGCCAUGAAAACACUGUUGGUAGGAAAUGUGUUUGUUGUAGUAGUAAAUGAAUAAAGUUUCGUUUUAAACCAC